GAAAAAUACUAGGGCACACUACUCCCCUACCCUCUCUGAUCUCUCUCACUCCGUGAAGCUAAAUUCUGUUCUUCUCCGGAAAUCUCAAGCUUUGGAUCAUCGAACUUCAGAAACAGUAAUUGCUAUGUUAUGCAGUUGGAAGAGGAGGAAAAAAGAAGGGAAAAACUAAAAAGAUGUUGGAGCAUGAGGUUUCAAAUCCUACACACAACAAGAAAACUGGUCUGCCCCGUAAACGUUUUUAUAGAGCUCGUGCUCAUAGUAAUCCGUUAAGUGACUCGCAUUUUCCAAUUCCUAUUUCCCCCGCUGAGGUUGAUUAUUCCCUACAUUACCCUGAAAUGGUUAAAGUAGAUGGUUCUAAAAAGAUCCAGUUUGCUGAUGUUGGUUGUGGAUUUGGAGGUCUUUUAAUCGCCCUUGCACCCCUUUUCCCUGAUACCCUUAUGGUUGGGAUGGAGCUGCGGGACAAGGUGACAGAGUAUGUGAAGGAGCGAAUUUUGGGGUUGAGGACAACCAAUCCUGGUCAAUACCAGAAUGUUUCGGUGGUACGGACUAAUUCAAUGAAGUACAUUCCAAAUUACUUUGGGAAAGGACAGCUGAAAAAGAUGUUUUUCUUGUUUCCGGAUCCCCAUUUCAAAGAGAAGAAUCAUCGUCGACGUGUUAUUAGUCCAUUCUUGCUUGACGAGUAUGCUUAUGUGCUUGCAGUAGGUGGAAUUAUAUACACAAUAACAGAUGUUGAGGAGCUUGGUGAGUGGAUGAAAUCGUGUUUGGAAGAACAUCCACUGUUUGAGGCACUAACAACUGAAGAACUUGAAACUGAUCAGGUUGUAAAGCUCCUCAGUACUGCAACAGAAGAAGGACAAAAGGUAGCACGAAACGAUGGGCAAACAUUCCGAGCUGUUUAUAGGCGGAUUGCAACUCACUGAAUUAUCAUGGUGAAGUUCUAGGAAUUUUUGUAACUUUAUUUACUGCUUUGAGUCUUCAUACAUGCUUGAUGGUAAGAGAUAAAAUAUUCUGUCUUCCGCUGUUGAGCCAAUACAAAUGUGGUCUGCGCACUACUUAUAGAUACUUCUUGUGACGGAUUAUGGAGAUUAAUCACCAUUUGGCCUUUUCAUCCUUCAAUUUUGGUUGUCCCAUUCUUGAGAAUGCAGGUAGUUUUUAUUUAUUUAAGUACCUUAUCAUUUCUGAAGGCUGCUCUGCUCAUCUACUCUUGUAAGCCUCUAGCUAAUCGCUUAAAAUGGACUUUUUGUUGCUGGAUAUGCUUAGCGGAUAGCUGCAGAAGAAUGUUUUGCUGUUAGUGCAUUGUCAUCAAGAAUGUUGAUAGGAUAAGAUAAUAUUUGAGUUAGCAGAGGAGGCUGUACUAAUAUUUGAUAAAAUAUUAGCUGUACUAGAACAGGUACCACCUCUAUUUAGAUUCAAAUGCUUAUAUUCUGCUUAUAUCAUGCUCUUUGCUUAUUCAUGGUAUAUCCAGAUUCCAGUGGGCAGUGACAAGUAUCAUUCUCGUUUGAACUUGACUUGCUACUUGUUCAACACAUGAUGAACCUUUUUAUCAAUCUGAGUGAGGCAAAAUACAUAAGUUA